ACAAAGCAAACUUCGGGUCAGUGGAAAGGCACUGGGCCAGUACUCAUGACCUUCAACUAUCUGUGCUGGAAUGGAAACUGUUGCCAUGCCAGGAGUUCAGGGACUGGUGACGUUCGAGGAGGUGGCUGUGUACUUCACCGAUGACGAAUGGGCCUUUCUGGAUUCGAGCCAGAGAGCUCUGUAUAGGGAGGUCAUGCUGGAGAAUUACGAGCUGGUGACUGCCUUGGCUGAUGGACCUAUGAGAAGGAUCAGUUGGGAGGAUUUUCAGUGGGAAAGCUCGACCUCUGAAGAAGAUGAUAGUGAUGAACCCCUUCCUGGAAUGUGCCAAGAAAACAUUUCCUUUCUAACUGUGACUGGUGGGGCAGACACGUGCACUCCCGAAAUACUGAAAUCCCGUUCCUGCGACUUCCAGCCCCACUCCUCGCCCAAGACGGUGCCUCCCUCUUUCCUCUCCCUCCUGAAGUCUUAUAUGCAUGCCCUGCUUCCUGUUCUUCAGUCGGUAAUAAACCAAUGCGACGCCUAUCUGCUGAGCAUCAGCCGGCAGCAGAGACGCAGGGACCUGCUCGGCCGAGCCUUUCGAGAGUACCUUUUGAGCCUCCAGGAGGACAGCUGUGCAUCCCGGAGGAGGAGAGAAAGGGUUAUCGCUGCUCUCCUCACACUCCUGAACGGGGAGACCAUCUCGCGGCGCCAUUGGUGGGUGUCGCCCGCCACCAGCCGCCAUUGGUGGGAGACCUUUGUGCUGGAGAACCUGGAGGAUGAAAAAUGGGUUGAGCAUUUCCGGAUGAGCAAGGGGACCCUCUUCGAAAUAGCGGACCUGCUCCGGCCCCAGCUGCAUCGGCAGAGAACAAUCAUGCGGGAAGCCAUCUCGGUCGAGAAGCGCGUGGCUAUCGCAGUCUGGUGGCUUUCUAAUCUGGAGUGCUACCGAGAGGUGGCUGUGCAGUUUGGUGUUGGGAGAUCCACCGUGGGAGAGAUUGUCCUUGAGGUGUGCUUCGCCAUUGAGCACCAGCUGGCCCGCCACACAAUAUAUUUGGGGGAUUAUCAGCAGAUCAUGGACGGCUUCCAAAAGAUGGGAUUCCCACACUGCAUUGGUGUCAUGGACAGGAUGCACCUGCCCGUAGUUUCCCCUACAGCUCAGGCUGAGAAGCCUGCCAGCCGCAAGAAAUUCUGUUCCGUUCUGCUCCAAGGGACCACGGAUCACCUAGGCCGAUUUAUUGACGUUGAAGUGGCGUGGAGCGGGAAGAGCCACGAUCCCUGGAUCUUUGGUAAGUCUGCCUUGUGUACGGCUAUGGACGAGGGCACUUUUGUCCCGGAAAACCCUACGCUCAGCCUCGGAGGUGUGGAGAUACCACCACUGAUACUAACGACCGGUGCCAACCCUUUGCGGAAAUGGCUCCUGAAACCCUACGAGGGCCGUCUUGACCGGAGGAAGCGUGCCUACAACAAAACUUUCAAGCGUUGCCACGGCGUUGCCAAGCAAGCUUUUGGAAGACUGAAAGCAAGAUGGCAGUGCCUCACUGGUCGGCUGCCCGUCGCAGAGGAGAAUGUGGUAGCGGUGGUCACGGCGUGCGUCGUGCUGCACAAUAUCUGCGAGACGAAGGGGCACGUGCUGCAAGGGGGGUUGGAAGCGCCUGGCCCGGUCCUGUGGCACGAACCCAGCGAACAGGACUGUCUUUCUGAUGACAGGGAUGCCAAAGAAGGCGAGAAAGUGCGUGCCGUGAUCGCCGCUUCCCUUGCUGGAGGCUUCGGACGCUGAUUGGGUUUGUUUUAAUAAA